AUGCCUCCCGAGGACAGUAUGGCCGUUGCGGCCGGCGGGAACAACUCCAGCGACUUUGUUCGCAAGCUGUACAAGAUGUUGGAAGACCCUGCGUAUGGGUCAGUAGUACGAUGGGGAAAUGAAGGCGACAGCUUUGUCGUUCUUGAGAAUGAGAAGUUCACCAAGACUAUCUUACCCAAGCACUUCAAGCAUAGCAACUUUGCCAGCUUUGUCCGUCAACUCAACAAGUAUGACUUUCACAAAGUCAGGCAUAACGAGGAGAAUGGCCUCUCACCCUAUGGCCCGGGGGCUUGGGAGUUCAAACACCCAGAGUUCCGCGCUGAUAGCAAGCAUAAUUUGGAUAACAUCCGGCGCAAAGCUCCUGCCCCGCGGAAACCGCAAGCCUCCGAGGAAAGCUUCCCCGCGACGCAGCAGUUGGUGAUUCUCAAUGAUACCCUUAUGGCGACCCAGCAUCAGGUCCAGCAGCUGCAAGAGCAGUAUUUCCAGCUCAUGGGCACAAACAGGAUCCUUGUAGAUGAGAUCAUGAGCCUUCAGAAGCAGGUCAAGGCGCAGAAUCAGGUCAACAACGAGUUGAUCAACCACCUUAGUAAUGUGGAUGAGCGCAGGCGAAGCAGUCGACACUCGGCUCACUCGAGCCACUCCGGUCAUUCUGGGGGCUCGUACCACGGUGGCGGUCUCAAUGUUCUCCCAGACAGCGCCGACGAACCAGCUCCGGAAUUGCGAAGAGCGCGGGACAUCUUGAGCGGCAUUUCCCCUGAUCAGGAAGCGGACAGAGAGCUGCACAGGUUAUCCGUGGCGUACCAAGCCUCGCCCCCCGACUCUGCCACAUCCUCCACGGUCAUGUUUUCGCAGCCCAACACGGCUACUAUGCCACCUGCUAUGGUGCAAGAUCCAUUCAGUGACCCGAGACACCUUGUUUAUCCGGUUGGGCAGACGAUUGGUGUUGAUCCUUUCCACCCCGACCAUAUCAACAGUAUCCCAUAUACCCGUCCUCUCAGCAACCCUAACCAGCCCAUGGCCGAAGCGCCGGCACAAAUCACCCCUCCGCCAUCGAAAGAACAGAAGGUCGUCCAGUGGGGAGCCAAGAAACCCAGAAUCUUGUUGGUCGAGGAUGACAAGACGUGUGCGAGGAUCGGAGCGAAGUUUUUGUCGCAAAUCGACUGCGGAGUUGAAAUUGCUCGGGAUGGCCACGAGGCUGUGAACAAGGUUAACAACGACCCUGAUAAGUAUGAUCUGAUCUUCAUGGAUAUCAUCAUGCCCACGCUGGACGGCGUGUCUGCAGCAGCAUUGAUUCGAGAGGUGACACCGAGAGUGACAAUUGUGGCGAUGACUUCAAACAUUCGACAGGAGGAUAUCGCAACCUAUUUCCACUGGGGUAUGAAUGAUGUGCUGGCCAAGCCCUUCACCAAGGACGGCAUGGUUCGUAUUCUCAAGAAGCACUUAGCGUCCUACAGGGCCCGCGCAAAGCUACGCUAG